UACAGUAUAAACCUCUUUAAUGAUCAUGUUAAGGAAAGGAAGUAAUAUAUCCAUCUUGUAGAUUUAGCUACUUGUCAUAAUUGGCUAAUUUAUUUCAUGUGAUUAUGAUGUCUGGGAGACAAGCCCAUGAUAAAAUAAUGAUCUGUGUCUAAUGCAGUUCUUUCUACUCUAUUAAAUACCAUCCGGAUUUAAGGAAAGACCUUCACACAGAUUUAUACGCCGCCUGUCUUUUUUAUAGUAGAUUUUCUUUCUUAUGUCAUUUAUUUCCUUCCUCAGAGUUAUGUUAGUAUAGUCACACUAUUCCCUUGAGUAACUGCACCUCUGAGUCCUAUAAGCAGAUUUCACUUUCAGCCGUCCUUUUCUUGCUUUUAAAGAUUUGUCUUUUUUAUUUAUGAGAGAGAGAGAGAGAGAGAAGGAGGAGGAGGAAGAGGGGAACCAGAGCAUCACCCUGAUACAUGCAGUGUUGGAGAUGUAACUCAGGACCUCAUGCUUAAAGAGUCCAACACUUGGGUCACUGUGCUGCUUCUCAGACAUGGUCAGUCAUCCCUUUCACAAUUUUAGUCAUGGAUGUUAGUUACCUUUUGAUAAACUUUUCCCAUUCUUUCUUUCUUCUCCUCACCCAUCAUAUUUCUUCCACUGAUGUUGCACUCAAAUGAGUUCUAACUGAUGGGGUCAUUCAGCAGCUGAAGAAACUCCCCCACCAAUAGGAAGGUCCCACAUGGUGGGAUACUUACCCUUUCCAGACAGACCCUUCCCGAAGAAAGUAAGUCUCCUUCCAUGUGGCAGGAGUCAAUCUUAUACUUGUUUGACCUUGUAACUGGUAGGAUAGGAAGUUUGGGGGAACUGGAAAGGAGAUGGCAAUUUUAACCAAGGGGGGAAAAAAAACAGUAGAAACUAUCCCUUCUGCUUUCUUCGGGCGUGUCCCUCUUCUGGGCAUCUCUUCAGGAUUUCAUUCCUCCGUCCAACUGCCGUUCACAACUGCCCUUUCCAACUGCUCCGGAACUCUUGGCCUUGGCAUUCCGUGAUGUAAAUUAUUCCACGCAUGGUUCAAAAUGAGUGUGAAGCAGUGUUGCCAGGUGUUGGAUCACUAGUUUGUCAUGGAUGAUGAUGAUGACUCGUGUCUCCUUGAUCUUAUUGGAGACCCACAAGCACUGAACUAUUUUCUACAUGGACCUACUAAUAAAUCUAGCAAUGAUGACUUGACUAAUGCAGGAUAUUCUGCAGCCAAUUCAAAUUCAAUUUUCGCCAACUCUAGUAAUGCUGAUCCUAAGUCAUCCCUCAAAGCUGUAAGCAACCAGCUUGGAGAAGGGCCCAGUGAUGGACUGCCGCUUUCAAGUAGCCUUCAGUUUCUGGAAGAUGAACUUGAGUCUUCUCCUCUUCCUGAUCUCAGUGAGGACCAACCUUUCGACAUUCUUCAGAAAUCCUUGCAGGAGGCCAAUAUCACUGAACAGACAUUGGCAGAAGAGGCGUAUUUGGAUGCCAGUAUAGGUUCAAGCCAACAGUUUGCACAAGCUCAGCUUCAUCCUUCUUCAUCAGCAUCCUUUACUCAGGCUUCUAAUGUUUCUAAUUACUCAGGUCAGACGCUGCAACCUAUAGGAGUGACUCACGUGCCUGUUGGAGCAUCGUUUGCAAGCAAUACAGUGGGUGUGCAACAUGGCUUCAUGCAACAUGUAGGGAUCAGUGUGCCCAGCCAGCAUUUAUCUAGUAGCAGUCAAAUAAGUGGCUCUGGUCAAAUACAACUGAUUGGGUCAUUUGGUAAUCAGCCUUCCAUGAUGACUAUUAAUAACUUAGAUGGAUCUCAAAUCAUAUUAAAGGGCAGCGGGCAGCAGGCUCCAUCAAAUGUGAGUGGAGGGCUUCUGGUUCACAGACAGACUCCUAAUGGCAACUCGUUGUUUGGGAACUCCAGUUCAAGUCCAGUAGCACAGCCUGUUACCGUUCCAUUUAACAGCACAAAUUUUCAAACAUCUUUACCUGUGCAUAACAUCAUCAUACAAAGGGGUCUUGCACCAAAUUCAAAUAAAGUCCCAAUUAAUAUCCAGCCAAAGCCUAUCCAGAUGGGUCAGCAAAAUACAUACAAUGUGAAUAAUUUGGGAAUACAGCAGCAUCACGUUCAACAAGGGAUUUCUUUUGCCUCUGCAAGUUCACCCCAGGGCUCAGUAGUUGGUCCACACAUGUCUGUGAACAUUGUCAACCAACAAAACACAAGAAAACCAGUCACUUCACAGGCAGUGAGCAGUGCUGGGGGUAGUAUCGUUAUCCAUUCCCCCAUGGGCCAGCCUCAUACACCUCAAAGUCAGUUUCUCAUACCUACAAGCCUUUCGGUCAGUUCCAACUCGGUACACCACGUCCAGACCAUAAAUGGGCAACUUCUGCAGACUCAACCUUCUCAGCUCAUUUCUGGCCAAGUGGCCUCAGAGCAUGUUAUGUUGAACAGAAAUUCUUCCAACAUGCUUAGGACCAACCAACCAUACUCUGGACAGAUGCUGAACAACCAGAAUACUGCUGUCCAGUUAGUGUCUGGGCAGCCAUUCACCGCCUCGGGAAGUCCAGUGAUCGUCAAUCAUGCUUCUCCUCAGAUUGUUGGUGGACAGAUGCCCUUGCAGCAGGCAUCACCAACUGUAUUGCACCUGUCACCCGGGCAGAGCAGCGUCUCCCAAGGAAGACCUGGUUUCACAACCAUGCCCUCAGUGACAAGCAUGUCAGGAUCUAAUCGGUUCCCUGCUGUCAGCUCAUCCAGCACUGCCCAUCCUAGUCUUGGGUCUUCAGUUCAGUCUGGUGCAUCAGGAUCAAACUUUAUGGGAGAUCAGCUGGCCCAGCCAAACAGGACUCCGGUACCAGUCAGUGUGUCUCAUCGUCUUCCAGUUUCUUCUUCCAAACCUACCAGCACCUUCAGUAACACCCCUGGAGCAGGAGCCCAGCAACAGUUCUUCUGUCAGGUGGAUAGUCAUUCAGGAGGACAAAAAAGGCCGGCGACAAAACAACUAACUAAAGGAGCUUUCAUUCUUCAGCAGUUACAGAGGGACCAAGCCCACGCUGUGACACCUGAUAAAAGUCAGUUCCGAUCACUAAGUGAUGCGGUACAGAGGCUGCUGUCCUACCAUGUGUGCCAGGGCUCCAUGCCCACAGAGGAGGACAUGAAGAAAGUUGACAAUGAAUUUGAGAUAGUUGCCACUCAGCUCCUCAAAAGGACCCAAGCUAUGCUUAACAAAUACAGAUGCCUGCUCCUCGAAGAUGCCAUGAGAAUCAACCCCUCUGCUGAGAUGGUGAUGAUCGACAGGAUGUUCAACCAGGAGGAAAGAGCUUCUUUGUCCCGGGACAAACGACUAGCACUUGUGGACCCUGAGGGUUUCCAGGCUGACUUCUGUUGUUCCUUAAAACCUGAUAACACCACUCAUGAGACACAGCUUGGCAAGAGUGACCAGCACGGCAGUAAAGCAAGCAGCUCUUUACACCUAACAGCGAAGGCCCAAAGCAGAGACCGAGCAAAACCAGCCAUGGUGGAAGCAAUGAAUCAUGACCAAUUUCAUCCAGUGCCUAAUCACAUUGUGGUCUCCGCGGAAGGAAACAUUUCUAAAAAAACUGAAUGUCUCAGCAAAGCACUGAAAUUUGACAAAGCAGGCUUAGCUCAGUACCGGAGUACGUCUGAAGAGAAAGCCAGUCGGAGAGACUCCAUGAAGGCCAGCGAGUGCUCCCCUGGCCCAGAAGGGCACCGGAAAACCUCAUCCAGACAGGAUCAUGGUACUGAGAGCAAACUCUCAAGUAUCCUUGCCGAGUCUCACUUGGAGGUGACUUGUAAUAAUUCUUUCCAAGACAAAACUUUGAGGAAUUCUCCAAAGAAUGAAGUUUUGCAUACAGACAUCAUGAAAGGGUCAGGUGAGCCCCAGCCUGACCUCCAGCUCACCAAGAGUUUAGAAACAACAUUUAAGAACAUCUUGGAACUUAAAAAGGCUGGGCGCCAGGCCCAGAGUGACCCCACGGUUAGUGGCUCUGUUGAGUUAGAUUUCCCCAACUUUUCUCCAAUGGCUUCACAGGAAAACUGCCUGGAAAAAUUCAUCCCGGACCACAGUGAAGGCGUUGUAGAAACUGACUCUAUUUUAGAAGCAGCUGUAAAUAGUAUCCUAGAGUGUUAAUAGCAGCAGUCCUCCCCCACCCUGCCCUAAGACCCCCUACCCCCACCCGGACAAGUUACAUUCUUUCCUGGCAAAAGCAAAUGGAAUUGGUCUCCUGUCUCCAGCCUGCUUGAUCUUUCAUCACAGGUUAUUCUUUCUAAUCUCAAUCCUGUUCUUUAUUUAAGAGCAAUACUUGUGGUUACAGGGAGAUCCUUUAGCAAAAUUAAUCCUUGUUAGAAAGCAGUCUGAUAGGCCCUACACAUUUCAAGCAUUAUGAAAGUGUUUAUAGUCAUUUUGGGGGGUUUUGUUGUUGUUGUUGUGUUUUUUGUCUUUUUUUUUUUUUUUAGAACACUGUAACUUAAUGAGAUUACAGUACUCUUGGCCCUGGGUAAAAUUCUGACAAUCAUAAGGCAUUUGAAAAGAACAGAAUUGUUAAGAUCAAACAGGGCUGAUAACAGCUACUUUCAAAAGAAUGCCCCACUGCGUCUCCAAAUUUUGGCUUUGGGGGGGAGAGAGGUCUGUUAUUAGAGGGGAGACCACAUGGUCCUCCCCACUCUACUAGCAGGUUGCUGGCAGUUGAGCCGAGGACCCCAUAGCCCUGCACAGGCAGCCAGCAGUGCACAAGAUGGGCAGUUACAGGGCUUCCUUGUUCAUCAUUCAAGCGUAUUUCCAGUGCUCUUAGAGCAAAACCUCAUGCUUGUCAGCAUAUCCAUGUUGAAUCUCAUUUAGGGAAUGUUCUGCUUUUAGAAGCAACACCAUGACUUGAGACAAUUUCACCAGGCUAAAUAAAGGAAAGUGGAAACCAGUUAAAUGGCACAGUGUACAGGGGAGGCCGGGAUAGAGUCAUGAGGAAUAUAAUAUGUAUAUAUGUAAAAGCAUAUAUAUGUUUUAACUAUUGAGAAAAAAACAAGCAUUUCACAUUUUAUAAUUGGGUAGAGUCAACAUAUGAUGUAUGUUUUUGUUGCUGGAUAUUCAUUUAACCUCUUUCUGCACCCUUUCUCAUAACAAAUAGCCAAGCAUCAAAAGCACUUUCAUUUGCAAACGAUGUUGUAAUUUUUCAGUUUAAACUUUAAGGGGACUUUAGCCUUGUGUAUGCUUCCUGUUGUCUGAGAACAGUAGUCACUCCUGGCAGCAGUCACUACCAAAACACAGACAAACCAAAGGUAAUCAUCCAGCCCACCCUGAAAGAAAAGAUCUGAGACCAGGGAUCCCCACUUUAAAAGGAAAAAGAUGGGCCCUGUCACUGUCUGUGUUUGGUCUGUGUUCACAUUAGGAAAGACUUACUGCUUUAUUUAUUUAUGUUGCUUUUCAGGGAGCUUUCUCCAUCUCCCUUUCUUGUACACCUGCCCCAUAUCAUCCCAGUUUUGUUGUUACUUUCACUCUUAAUGUAACUGUAACCAUCGGUUACCUCUUCUCACUGGCAAAGCUAUAUAAUGGAAUUCUAUAUGCGUUCCCUCACAUGCACAUGUGCAUGUGCCUGAGCUGCUAAGACCUGGGGGUCAUUUUGGUUACAGUGCAAACAUACCCACUCUCCUUUUCAUGCACACAUACUCUCUCACACACACUCUCACUUUCUUCUUGGUAUCUCUAGCUUUAGAGGUAUAUCCACUGGUCUUCAUUCUGGCAUGUUGCCAGGAUCUGCUUCUGGCUGUCCCCAGGAGGAUAUUACCCCAUUGUCAUCAUGUUGGGCAUUUCUUUUCCAGAUUGGCCUGUGAUGGAAAAGAAGGCUUCUGAUUAUUAGAAAAUACAGCAACAGAAGACCUGUACUGUCCCUACCCUUUGUCCUAUCACACAAAGAAACAAGAGUUCCUUCUUCCUACCCCCACCCACCUGCCAAUAGAAAUUGGAAAAUAUGGGCCAUUUUAAGGACACCAUUUUUUCCUUCUUUGUGCCAAUGCCCAAGUUGCAGAUGUACCCUUUUUUCCUGUAUUGUAACAUAUUAGAAAGAUAAGCUGAUAUUGCCAGUUGGAACUUUCUGUUUGGGCAGCCCUGAGGCUAACACCCCACCCUAAAAACCCAUGAUUUCAUAGGCUCUUCUCUUAGGUCUCAUGUUUCCCUAAUUCCUGGCAAGACAUAAAUAUAAUAAUCUCUCUUGAUCAAAUUCUUCUUGUUGUGGGACUUUGUACCUGGAAGCCUUCACCUAGGUACUAAUGAGUUACAUUAAUUACUGCAAAUCAGUGGAAUUCUUAAAAGAGGCAAGAUAAGCUUCGUGUACAUUUGUCACCUCCUUCCCCAUCCUACCCUGCUACCCCAGUCCUAGCUUUUCUAGGUACCAUCUUAAAGGGUUUUUAAGCCCUAAUACUUGUCUAGCAGAUGGAGAGCCUAAUUUACCAAAAUGAAACUUGUAAAUUUUUGUGUCCUUGUAUGUAAGUUUACUUUUUAUGGCGGAAAGAUUCUAGAUAAUGACAAAUGAAGAUUAUAAAACGUACUUUACUCCUGUGAUUAGGUUAAGCGCACACGGGUCAUGACUCGCAUGUGGAGCCCCCUCUGGUGAAGGGUCAGAGAGCUCAGCCUCCAAUGGCCAACAUUCAGCUGUUCAGGUUCAUUAAUCCAAAGUUAAGUUUUAGAACAACUUGUGCUUGGUAACAAAAAUCUCUUUCUUUCUUUCUUUCUUUUUUUUAAAUCUGUUGUGGAAAAGUGUGAAUUUGUUAUUAAGCAUUUGAUUUUCUGUGUCCUUAAGUACUGCCUAAAGAUAAAGCAAAUUUUAAACUGGCAAUUACGAAAAAGAACUAUUUUAGCUCUGAAGAAUUUAGUAGACUUUGUUAGAUUAGGGAGGCCUUACAGACUGACUUGACUUAAAGAGGACGCGUCACUCACUGUCAGUGUGGUGUGGGCUUUAUUUGCUUAAAUACCUUCAUUUGUAUAGUAUGUCUCACUUGAAAUUGCUUUGUAUACAUUUUGUAAAAAUAUUUAUAAAAUGUUUUGUAAAAAAAAAAAAAGUAUAACAAAUUGCAGUUUAUUUUGUUAUGUUGGAUAAAUACUGUUAAAAGAAACCAGUCAGUAACUAUAUUGUUAAUCCAUGGUUAGGAAAUGUUUAGUUGGAGAUUACGAAAUGAAACAACCAUUGCAAUACAGCCAAAGAUUUGGGAAAAUGUGCAA